GGUAGCGCAUGGGCAGCCGGUGGGGAAUUAUUCCACAUCGCAUCACAUGCCUUACAUUGCGUCCUUAUAUUAAUGAAACGUUGCAUUUGAUAAUAUUUUGUGAAUUAACAAUAGCCUAACAGUCAUUUUCUAAUUCUGGUAACCUUGGCAAUCAGGUCGCAUUAGAUGGGUAUUUAUAUAGCCCUCCGUUGCAAGAUCGUGGAAACGAUAUGGGUUUCGGCUCCCAUGAAUCUUUGCCAAUUCCUGCAAAUAUUGCCACCGGCGCAGUGUAUUUACAUCCUUAACGUUUUCGGCAUGUAGGAUGGUAUGAGGGAACGACCUGGCAAGCCAAUGGGAAGUUAUGCAUAUUUUAACACACGCUUGUCGAGAUGGCCCACCCCUCUCCCGUCUCAUCGACGGCCAACCGGCGUACACGGAGACAUCAAUGAGAUGACCUGGGAACUCAAAAUCAGACCAAAUUCACUAGACGAGUAAGGACCUUAUUCCAACUGUGUACAGCAACACUUCAUUCAAACGCUCACCGAGAAGAGCAAUCUCAUUGCUGAGCCAAUGUAGAACCUGCACCUUCAGAAUUGCAUGACUUCUUUCCUUGCCUGGAUUUCAGCACACAGUCAGAUCUACCAGGACAGAGUAUGCCAUCUGCAUCUUUCCACAGAAUUCUACGACCAUUUCUACUUGGCACCUUUCUACUGGGCUGUUUUGUGACUCUGUUUUUGAUGUACUUCAAACCGUCAACUAGCUGGCUAUCAGGUCCUGUAGAGUCAACAGCAUCCACUAUCCAAGUUAAAAAUCUCUUCUCUACCAAGGGUGACAAAAACCUUACCACUGUACUUGUCUGGCUCUGGCCCUUUGGACAGACCUAUGACCUGGGUGUCUGCAGCUCUCUGUUCAACAUUGAGGGCUGUUUCAUCACAGCAGAUCGGAACCUAUAUAAUAAGUCAGAUGGGGUCGUCAUACAUCACAGGGAUAUCUGUACUGAUCUCUCCAACCUGCCCCCCCUUCAGCGUCCCUCCUUCCAAAAGUGGAUAUGGAUGAACCUAGAGUCACCAUCCCACUCCUCUCAGCUGCCCGGUAUUGAAAACUUGUUCAAUUUAACUCUGAACUAUCGUCAGGAUGCUGAUAUCGAAGUGCCUUAUGGGUCGAUUGUGACGGCCCAAGGGGACGAGGAUUUCGUGCCACCGAGCAAAAGCAAGUUGAUCUGCUGGAUUGUCAGCAACUGGAACCAGGAUCACGUGCGAGUGAAGUACUACAACGAGCUCUAUAAACAUAUUGAAGUUCACGCUUAUGGACAAGCCUUUGGAGAGUACAUUGCAGAUCAAGAAUACUUUCCUACCAUCGCCAGUUGUAAAUUCUACUUGGCGUUUGAGAACUCAAUUCACAAAGACUACAUCACAGAGAAACUGUAUAACCCACUCUCUGUAGGGACGGUGCCUGUGGUUUUAGGUCCACCAAGACAGAACUACGAGAACUUUGUCCAGGGGGAAGCCUUUAUCCAUGUAGAUGACUUCACCUCACCCAAAGAGCUGGCUGAUUAUAUCCUGCUCUUGGACAGGAAUGAGGAAAUGUAUCUCAGAUACUUUGAGUGGAGACGGCACUUUAAGGUGAAAAAGGCAUACUUCUGGGCCGAACACACAUGCCUCGCUUGUGAUCAUCUCAAAAGGCACAAGGAGUACAAGGCAUUCAAUAACCUUGAUAAAUGGUUUUGGGGUGGAAUUCCUUGAAGGGCCAUGAAAUUGUUGUUUUGCAGUUGGAGGCAUUACUUAAAAAUAUAUUUGACAUUGUCUUUGACAAUGUUCCAACAUGUUUUUCUCACUGGUUAUAGGGGCCCAAAUGAGCCAUUCUCUUUUUUUAUUUUGUUGCCAGACAGAUUUGCUCAGCCUUAAUUUGUCUAUUGCAUUUCAAUUCAAUCAUGAUUUAUGUUGUCAUUUGCAAUGCAUUUAAUAUUUUAUUCAUAAAAUCUCACUUUUAUACAUGACCAAAAGUAUGUGGACACCUGCUCGUCGAACAUCUCAUUCUAAAAUCAUGGGCAUUAAUAUGGAGUUGGUCCACCCUUUUGCUGCUAUAA